AUGACGAUCUGCAUGGUCUAUCCCACGCCGACGACCGUGACGUACGUAACCACGCGCGACCAACCGAAGGCUUGCAAGUAUGUGACAAGCACUUACCGCUGCCUGGAAGCGCCCGUCGUUGCCACCACGAUUCCAAAGUGCCAGGAGGAGCCCAUCUUUGUGACCAUCGCGACCAUGGACGGCCAUGAGGAGGUGCUCUGCCUGAAGACCAGCGUGACGAUUCAGGAUCUUAAGGAGCACAUCAAGCUCCUCAAGAUGGGCCACGGCGUGCAAGUGGCGGACAUGCGCCUUCAUCACGCUGGCCUACAGCUGAACGAUGGAAGCGCCACCUUGGCAAAGUGCGGCAUCGCCGCCGGAAGCAAGGUUGAGAUGGUCGUCACCAAGAGGCAGAAGCCCCGCAAGGCGAGGGUCUUCCUGCGCACAACGAGUGAGACGAAGCCUUUUGAUGUGGACCUGUCCACUUUGGUGGCUGAGGCGGCCAAAACGGCCACCGAGCAGUGCGGAUUGGAUGGAACUUACGUCCUGACCUUCCGAGGUAGGGUGCUGGAUGGCAGCAAGAGUUUGAAGGACGCAGGCGUAGAGAUGGGGAACGUCAUGAAAUUGAUGCCCGAGGAAGGCUGA